AUGGCAAUGGUGGAAGAGGAGAAUGCCGCACUCCUGGAGGAACUUGGAAAGUUGUCCCAGAAGGCACAGGGCACGGAACAAAUGAUGCAGGAAAUAGCCACCCUCAACCAGAUGUUCUCCGACCAAAUUCUUGGUCAAGCAGCACAAAUAGAGCAAAUUUACUUGGACGCUGUUCAUGCAUCAGCGAAUGUCAAGACUGGGAAUGUGCACCUUACAAAGGCAGUGGCUCUGAAUACGAGUACCAGAAAAAUUGUGUUGGCGCUGUUGGUGACUGCGUCACUGCUGCUUCUGUUCUAUGACUGGUUUAACAGCUAA